UCGCAAGUGUGCGGUUGCGCACAGAUGGCCGAUGACGCAAUCGAUCCCAGAGUUCAGUGCUGCCGUUGCCCUGAAUCAUGUCGGAGAAGAAGGCGCCGGUUGACUUGGGUUUGCUGGAGGAGGAUGAUGAGUUCGAGGAGUUUCCAGCGGAAGGCUGGACAGGUUUAGAUGAGGAUGAGGAUGCACAUGUGUGGGAAGACAACUGGGAUGAUGACAAUGUGGAGGAUGACUUUUCUAACCAGUUAAGAGCUGAACUGGAAAAAUUUGGAUACAAGAUGGAAACUUCAUAGCUGAACCAGUGCUACAGGAUAUGAAUGUCUCGAAGAUGUAGAACAAAGAAUUCUGCUUAAUUUAAAAUACUUGUGGCUGGAAGUAUGCAUUGUGGACAAUGAAAAGUUACAUAAUAUUCUGUUGCAAAGGGCAGUUUUUUCUCUUGAAUUUUGUUUUAUUUUCCUAAAAUAAAUUUCUUUGAAAUGUAA